AUGGCCGCCCAAGCGCUCGAGCCUUGGUGCAUCUGGCCCGGGGGGCACGGGCAGAGCGACGGCCGGGAGCCGGCGCCGGACGCCUCGGGCCUCCAGACCUCCCCCUGCCUCUGCUUCCCGAUCGACCCGGCGCACGCGCUCCUCGGCGGCGCGCACCAGUGCCUGGGCCAGCCCGCGACGUUCGACCUCGGCUACGUGGGGCUCGAGCAGGCCCGGGUCUUGCGCGCGCAGCGCAACCGCAACCGCAUGCUUGAGUGCCAGCUCGCCGCCGAGGACACGCUCGACGCGCUCCACAACCUCGCGAGCCAGCACUUCGUGCGGAGCUUGCCGCUCUUGAUGUUCCAGCAGCAGAUGGGCUACGGCAUGUACCAGAACCUGCCGCCGGCGCCGGGGCCCGCGCCGGCGCCGGCGCCGGCCGCGGCGGCGCCGGGGCCCGCGCCGGCGAGCCGCGUCACGACGAGCGACGAGGACUACGCCGCCGCGGUCCACGCGGCCGACGACGCGCGCGCGCUCGCGUCCGAGCCCGAGGUCGCCCAGAAGAAGGCCGCGUGCGAGCGCGCGGAAGCCAAGGCCGGCGAGGACUGCACGCUCCGGAAGCUGCAGGCCUUUCUCUGCGACGACUACGACGACCGCCAGCUCUCCCUCGCCGGCGGCCUCACCGCCGUCGUGCUCUUCGUGCUCUUCCAGAUCUUCCUCCGGAUCCAGCGCUGA